UGGAAGAGUCCGACCGAGCCACUGACCGACGGAUCGAGGGUUCGAGAGAGGGACAGGGAUCGGGACCCUGAGCGGGGUCGAAGACGCCCGGGCCAGCCCCCAGGUGCGGGGUCGAAGGUACCCGUCUCCCGCCCGAGAUGCGGUAGGAGCGGCGCGCGCGACAAGCCCCGUCCCCGGUGCCACCAGCCCGUCACCCGGCCCAUGGCGAGCCCCGGCCUGGGGCUGCUCUUGGCGCUCGGCCUGUCGCUGCUGCUGACCCGCUGGGGCCGGGUCUGGGGGCAAACACCGGACCCCACUGUAAGUGGGAACAGCACCAUUACACCCUCUGGCCCCAGCCCUGGCUCCAAUGGGGCCCUGUCGCAGGAGGCCACCAUUGCCAUCAUCGUGGUCUUCUCCCUCCUGGCCGCCCUGCUCCUGGCCGUGGGCCUGGUACUUGUGGUGCAGAAGCUUCGGGAGAAGCGGCAGACGGAGGGCACCUACCGGCCCAGCAGCGAGGAGCAGUUCUCCCAUGCAGCCGAGGCCCAGGCUCCCCAGGACUCCAAGGAGACGGUGCGGGGCUGCCUGCCCAUCUAG